AUGGCGGACCCACCGACGCCACCGCCGGUCAUGGCGCGCGAGCUGGGCCUGAGCGCGCUGUUUGUGCUCACUGGCGAGCGUAAUGCCGUCAUGGUUUAUGUAUCGGAAAGUAUCGCCGAGAUCCUUGGGUAUGAGCCCUACGACCUAGUCGGCAAGACGAGCUACCUCAUCUUCCAUCCCGACGAGAUCCCGCUCCUCCGCGAGAUACACUAG